AUGGCAAAUUCAACUUUAUCUUACUUUGUUCUUAGUUCUUAUUUACAUGUGCAGACUUUGAGAUACUUGUAUUUUAUGUUAACUGCCAUGUUAUACAUUCUUAUUAUUGUUGCCAAUGUGUUGCUGGUUGUGGUUAUCUGUGUGAACAGGAGCUUACAUGAACCUAUGUACCUUUUUCUGGUCAGCCUGUUUGUAAAUGAACUGUAUGGUAGUACAGGGUUGUUUCCAUUCCUUCUGGUUCAGAUCCUCUCGGACAUUCACACUGUUUCUGCUCCCUUCUGCUUCCUGCAGAGUUUUUGUGUGUUUACAUAUGCAAAUGUGGAAUUUAGUAACUUGGCUGUGAUGUCUUAUGACAGAUAUCUUGCUAUCUGUUAUCCUCUGCAAGAACAGUAUCACACACGUAUGACAUCUAACAAGGCUGUUAUCCUGAUUAUUGUAAUAUGGUUGUACUCUUUUGUGAAAUUCUUAAUUACUUUAUCCUUGAACAUGCGUUUGACUCUCUGUGGAAACGUUAUAAACAGUGUGUAUUGUCAUAACUACCUUGUUGUUAAGUUGGCCUGUUCUGACAUCAUGUUCAAUAACAUUUAUGGUCUUUUUGGUGCUGUUCUUACCGUCUUAGUCCCUCUGCUUCCGGUCCUUUUCUCCUACAUGAGGAUCCUUAAAGUGUGUUUUUCUGGUUCUAAGCAGACGAGACAGAAAGCUGUCAGCACCUGCACCCCCCACCUCGCUUCCCUCCUAAACUUCUCUUUUGGCUGCUGCUUUGAAAUACUCCAGAGUAGAUUUGAUGUGACCCGUGUACCCAGUGUGUUUCGCAUCAUUUUGUCGCUGUAUUUUCUCCUCAUACAGCCUCUUCUGAACCCUCUCAUGUAUGGAUUGCAAAUGACAAAAAUACGCAAUGCAUGUAAACUUGUCCUUCGUUAUAAGAUCUUUGCCUGUCGCAGAGAUACGAUGUAGAUGUAAUUACAACGUAUCAGUAAAUUAUUAUUGACAAGGCUUUCUAACUAAC